ACUUCGAGCCAUUUCUCGCUCUUCGCUGCCGCCUUAGCCUCUGGGGACCGCUGGUCCUGCGGUUUGAGGGGCUGCCAGGGGGAGGAGCGGUGGACGCGGCGGGUUAGAACCGGAAGGAUGGCGCUUGGGGGGAGCUGGGUGGCGGCGGAUUACAGGAGCAUGUCAGCCGACAACGUCAAGGGCCUGGUGCUCGCGCUUUCCUCGAGCGCCUUCAUCGGCGCCAGUUUCAUCAUAAAAAAGAUGGGUCUUAAGAAGGCUGGCGCGUCCGGUGUUAGAGCAGGAGUUGGAGGCUAUUCUUACCUAUACGAGCCACUAUGGUGGGCAGGCAUGAUAACAAUGAUUCUUGGGGAAGUUGCCAAUUUUGCUGCUUAUGCAUUUGCUCCAGCUAUUCUCGUAACUCCUCUUGGUGCAGUAAGCAUAAUAAUCAGCGCCGCACUUGCACAUAUUAUACUACGGGAAAGUCUACAUAUUUUUGGUGUUCUUGGCUGUGUUCUUUGUGUUGUGGGUUCGACAACAAUUGUUCUCCAUGCUCCACAAGAGAGGGAGAUUGAUUCCGUGAAGGAAGUAUGGGAUCUUGCUACUGAACCAGCUUUUCUCUGCUAUGCAACUAUUGUGAUUGCAGCUAUUUUGGUGCUCACAUUCUUCUAUAUCCCUCAGUAUGGACAGACACAUGUAAUGUUCUAUGUUGGUGUCUGUUCCCUAGUUGGCUCUCUAUCGGUCAUGGGUGUCAAAGCUCUUGGGAUUGCUCUGAAAUUGACAUUUUCAGGAAUAAAUCAAUUGAUAUAUCCACAAACUUGGGCUUUUACCAUUGCCGUGCUUAUUUGUGUGGUUACACAAAUGAACUAUCUAAAUAAGGCACUUGAUACGUUUAAUACUGCAGUUGUAUCGCCAGUUUACUACGUAAUGUUUACAUCACUUACCAUUUUGGCCAGCGUGAUCAUGUUCAAGGAUUGGGAUCGGCAAGAUCCCACGCAGAUUGUCACGGAGUUGUGUGGUUUCGUGAUAAUUAUUUCUGGAACAUUUCUGCUUCACAAGACAAAAGACAUGGCUGAUGGUGGUCUUGCACUGCGACUACCUAAGCAUGCCGACGAGAAUGGAUUCACGUACGAAGGAAUUCCUCUCAAGUGUCAGGAAUCAUCGAGGUCACCUUGAUGGAUUUGCACGGUUUGUUUCUUCCAUGAAUGAGGUGAAGUGGGCAGUGGGAGCACCUCAACGUCACCUUGUGUUCGCCGGAGAUCCUCCAUUCACUUACCAGAUGCUUCUUUUGAUGCACUACCGGAGGAAUCGCUCUUGCCCCUCGUAGAUGAUGAUAUUAUAUGCGUCUGUACAGCGGUUAUACCCUAUUUUGUACUAGCUUCGACCACCAGAGAAUACACCAUUUUUUUUUUCGUUUUAUCUCCUUUAACUCUAGCAAACCCAUCAAGGGUUCAGGAUACCAGUCAUUUCAUCCGUGUUCAUAAUACCAUGACACUGAUUAUUUGGAAGACGAAUCCCAUGCAAG